AUGUCGAUGCCAGUGUCCACCGCGGAUCCGACCUCCAGAACCAUUACUCCCAAUGGUCUACCCCUCGCCAUUCUCGUCAUUUCAACAGUCUUUCUUGGCCUCUCAAUCAUCACCGUCUCGCUGAGGACCUAUAUCCGCAUUGUCAAAGGGUCGUUUGGAGUCGAUGAUGGAUUCAUGGUUGCAGGAUGUGUUGCAUACACUGUUGCUACUGCUCUUGCAGUCUACGACGUCUACAUUGGCCUAGGGCGUGUGAACGCUGAGCUCAACGAGUGGCAGCAAAUGCACGCGAUGAAGUUUUACAUCAUCUGGAUCCUGACCUAUGUCCUAGCCCUUGCAACCGUAAAGUCGUCAAUCUGCAUAACGAUUCUGCGCAUCGCGUCCAACAAGGUCAACCUACGCAUCAGUGUAUAUGUCCUUUUGGCUGUCACAUGGGCCUCCUUCUUCAUCACCUUUAUCGGAACACUGCUGUACUGCCAGCCUGUGAACGCCAUCUGGGAUAUAUCGUUGAUUCUGGGUGGCAAGGGAAAAUGUGCACCAGUAAAGACUUUUAUAAUCAUCGGUCACACCGCUACCGUGAGCACAAUCCUGACCGACAUGGCUUUGGUCGUCGUGCCGGCGAUUAUCCUUUGGAAUACGCAGAUGAAGAGACAGGCCAAGCUUCAAGCUUUUGGAUUGCUCUCCUUUGCUUCUGUUGCCUCGAUCAUAACCAUGGUGCGGAUUCCGUACGUGAACAAGUUUGGUGGGAUGAAGGACCUGCCAUUCUGGGUCGCGCACACUAUGCUUUGUUCGAACAUCGAGACUGGCAUUGGGUGUAUAUGCUCUUCGCUUCCCUCGCUUCGGCAUUUCCUCAAACGCGACGGUAGCAGCAGCGACUCCAAAGGCCACAGCCAAAAGACAAGAAGUGGACUUCAGACUAUAAGCCAGCAGCGGGUUCGCAAUAUUGGGAGGGCAAAGGAAGACAACUGGGAGGAGUUGCAGGACGGUAGUUCGGAUCGUAGUGUGGCGCUGCUAAACUCAAAAGGCAUCCACAAGGCGCAGACGUUCGAAGUCGACAUCGAGAUGGAGGGCUUUGAGAAGAGGAAAAAUGGCGCAGCCUCGCGGCUUUAG